UUCAGUUUAUACAGACAAAGGAAACAUCACUUCAAGUUUCUACAUGAAUGUUUGACUUAGCUAUAUUGAUUGAGUGAGAGCUUUAAAAUCUGGACUAAUAUAAUUUUAAAAAUAAAAAAAUCAAAUAGGUCCUUGAUUGCCUUCAAAUUUGUUGGCUUCGCUUCUUAUCAAGUUUCAAGCCGCUGUGCGUGGCGUCCUCGUAUACUGUUGUGUUCCGGAGUGACUGUAAUUCAGCUAGUUUCUCAUGAUGGAAGAAUCUACUUUGAAACCCAGCUGGAUGACCGAAGAGGUCAAAACUGGAACUACAAUCAUAGCGAUUGCAUUUAAAGGCGGAGUUGUCAUUGGCUCUGACUCACGUGUUUCUGCAGGGGAAUCAGUCGUGAAUAGGGUCAUGAAUAAACUAUCUCCUCUUCAUGACAAGAUCUACUGUGCACUGUCUGGAUCUGCUGCUGAUGCUCAGACCAUUGCUGAGCUAGUCAACUACCAACUGGAUGUACACAGUUUAGAGAUGGAAGAAGACCCUCUAGUACACUCUGCUGCCACACUAGUAAAAAACAUUUGCUACAAGUACAAAGAGGAACUAUCUGCACACCUCAUUGUUGCAGGUUGGGACAGGAGGGCUGGUGGACAGGUAUAUGUAACAUUGGAUGGCCUACUGUCUAAGCAACCUUUUGCUAUUGGUGGCUCAGGCAGUUCAUACAUCUAUGGGUUUGUAGAUGCAGAAUAUCGAAAAGACAUGACAAGGAGAAAAUGUCAGGAGUUUGUUGUAAACGCACUAACACUGGCUAUGAGCAGAGAUGGUUCUAGUGGAGGUGUUGCUUACAUUGCUACCAUUGAUGAAGAGGGAGCUGAGGAGAAGUGUAUUCUUGGAAAUGAAUUACCCAAGUUUUUUGAUCAGUAAGCAAAGGCUUACUAGCAAUCUGUAUUAGUCAAGAAAUGUGUUUUUCAGAUUUCAGAAUUCAAAGAACAAUGCUUGCAUUAUAGUUUUUGCUUAUAAUAAAACAGUACCAGUUUCAAGCGGCUAAAGUUACAAAAUUGUGUAAAAU